AUGCUAAGUCAAGCUGUAGCCAGUGGAAGAAUUAAGGGUAUAGCUGCUACAAGAGGAGGGACAAGUAUUAAUCAUCUUCUCUUUACUGAUGAUUAUGUGAUUUUCAGCAAAGCAAGUAGAGAGGAGUGGAUGGCUAUACAUGAAAUACUGAAGCUGUAUGAAGUGUCCUCAAGCCAAAUGCUAAAUAGGCAGAAGACAACCAUCCUUUUUAGUUCUAAUAUAAGAGCAUCAGUUCAGAGGGAAAUUUUGCAAGAAGUUGGAGAUGUUUCCUAUGGGGAUUAUGCCAAAUACCUUGGCCUUCCAACUUUGAUUGGAAGAUCAAAGUAUGAAACUUUUAGAGGUAUUAAGGAGAGGGUGUGGAGGAAGAUUAGCAGCUGGAAAAAUUCCUUUUUGUCAAGUGCUGGUCGAGAGGUCUUGAUUAAGGCAGUCCUACAGUCUAUUCCUACUUAUACCAUGAAUGUGUUUAGAUUUUCAAGGAAGCUAAGUAGUGAGAUCAACUCCAUAAUUGCAAGGUUUUGGUGGAAUAGUAAUAAAGAGGGCAAAGGCAUCCAUUGGAAAAGGUGA